CCUCCCACAGCCACCACUUCAAAAAUUUCGGUUUUGUCGCAGGCGUUCACGGCUAAUGGCCACCUUGCUCCCUCCGCCGAAACGACAGAAACUUUACCAUGGUGUACCAGAACCCCAACCAGAGCCGGUCAAAGCCUCUCCAAACAUCAUUGUUCAAUUCGUGUCGGAGGAUAAUGGAGAACCGCUUGCGCCUGCAGUCACCCUCCCGGCCAAUCUGUCGCGAGAAGCUCUGGAGGGAUUGCUGAAUAAAUUGAGCCCCCAGGAAGAUCCUGUACCCUUCGGCUUCCACAUUGCGCUGCCGGAAGAUCAAAUCAAGCACAUCCCUGGCGCGCCGACGCGAGUGGUGAUCUCGAAAUCGAUAGAAACGGACGUGCUGAACCACGCGAUCGUCUCGCAAGCAUUCUCCGAGGAAGAUGUGUUCGUCGUGCACUGUUCUCCGCAGAGUGUCUUCCUGGUGCGUCCUCCGACGCGGUGCUCGUCCACGCUAUCUGGCCAUUCCUCCCCCAUCCUCUGUGCAUCCUUCUCCCCGACCGGUAACUUUCUGGCCACCGGGUCCGGCGAUACGACCGCGCGGCUAUGGAACUUGGACACGGAACUGCCGUCGCAUACGCUGUCUGGCCACAAGGGAUGGGUGCUUUGUGUGGAGUGGGAGGCUCUGGAGCGUAGGCUGGCGACGGGGGGCCACGAUGGCCACGUCAGAAUCUGGGAUCCGAAGACAGGCAAGCCUUUCGGGGAAGCUUUGAAAGGUCACUCUAAGUGGAUUACCUCGCUGUGUUGGGAGCCGAUCCAUCUUAACCCAACGUCACCACGGAUAGCGUCGUCUUCAAAGGACGGGACUGUGCGUGUGUGGUCUCUACUCACACGGCGGGCAGAGUACACGCUCGGUGGCCACACAGCCAGCGUGAACGUAGUCAAGUGGGGAGGCGUCGGCAAGGGUGUAUUGUACACGGCCAGCAGCGAUCGCACUGUCCGCGUCUGGGAUGCUGAGGCGGGCCGGCAAUUGUAUAUUCUCAAGGACCAUGCUCACUGGGUCACAACACUUGCCCUCAAUACUGACUUUGUUCUUCGCACCGGUCCCUUCGACCAUACUGGCAAGAAACCCGCUUCUGAUGAAGAAGCGCAAAAGCGCGCUCUCGAGAGAUAUACCGCUGUGCUGAGCACCACUCCAGAAGUGCUCAUCUCUGGAUCGGACGACCACACGCUGUUUAUGUGGUCUCCUUUCCCGAAAGGGCCGUUGGCUGAGAUCCCGAGUGCGCCCAGCACCAAGAUCAAGCCCGUGUGUCGUCUGGUCGGCCAUUCGCUGCAGGUGUCGCAUGUGUCCUUCUCCCCCGACGGCCGAUGGGCCGCGUCGGCUUCGUGGGACUCGUCCGUGCGCAUCUGGGAGGGCCGCACCGGCAAGUACGUCGCCACACUACGCGGCCAUGUCGGGGCUGUCUACCGUGUCGCAUGGAGCGCAGACGGUCGCGGUGUCGUCAGCUGCGGGAAGGACAGCACUGUCAAGACGUGGGACUUGAAAAUAUACAAACUCAAAAACGAUCUGCCCGGCCAUACAGACGAAGUUUACUGCGUGGACUUUGUCGCUGAUAAGAUUGUCAGCGGGGGACGAGAUCGCACGAUCAAAAUAUGGAAGCAUUAACCCAGAAAGUAUGAUAUACAGCAUGUGUGUUAUAUUAUUGUACAGUGGUCACGAUGAUUUCUCUUCCGCUUUCGGUUUCGGUUUUCCAAAUUUGAUCCCAGUCAAAGCACCCGCCUUGCGGACGGCAGGUUUUACCUUAUUUGAGGAAAUUGUACUCGACGACAGCGGCGGUGGCACUUUCGGUGGCAUGGGAAGUGGUGACUGCGUCUGUCGUUGUCUCGCAGCAAUAUCGGUAGAGUGCAGUCCGGGAUUGACUGGUAAGUCAGAGGGCAGAGGCUUAGGGGG